AUGGACGUGCUUGUCGUGGUCCUACGACUUGGCGUUAGUCCGAAUGGUGGCGAUGACAAGACGCACAUGGCUCUGGAUGUGCUACUGGUCAACUCGGUCACUACCGGCCAUGGUUCGUCACCGAAGGCGUCAUCGACAAGGUGUCUGCCUCAUCAGAAAAUCUCCUCCGACCAGGAUGCCAGUGAAGCGGCCGCUCGACUGGCCACCAGCGUUCUCGGUCUGGACACCGCUUGCCAGAUCCGCAGAGUGGUCUCUGUGUCGCUGAUGUACGACGAAUCCGCGGUUUCGUGUACUACGGUCGACUGCGCCGUUUGCGGUUAUGGCGCCGCGCUAUUUUGCGUUCCGGUCAUUGCGGGAGGUAGGUGUCUCUGAAA